AUGGCCAAUACGCAAUUUCAGCACCCCGACAUUCUUGUCGCCGACGACGAAGCGACUGAUAGCGAGGCGGACCUUGAGCUGAGUGACGAGAUCUGCAUUGUCACGUUCCGCGACAAAUUGAGACUCGCCCCGCCCUGUAACGACGAUCCUAAGGUCAAUCAGAUCCUCGAAAUCGAUGCCGGAACCGGUCUGUGGGCCAUUGACUACGCUGAUCAGCAUUCCGAAGCUGAGCUCUACUUGCGACCAGUCGCUUACAUUCAGCUUCGGUUCACGAGUGGAUCUCUUGCCAAUUGGAAGGAGCUUGUCACCAAGGCCUACGACAACCUCGUCCCCGGUGGCUAUUUCGAGAUACAGGAUAUCAACGAUUUCACCUUCGUGUCCGAUGACAGCAGACUGACUUCCGAGCACCCGCUGGCCGAGUUCGGUAAACUGAUUCGGGAAGCUAUGGAGAAGUUUAGGCGCAGUUUUCUUCCUGGCCCCGAGCUGAAACCCCUCUUGACCGACGUUGGCUUUGAAGAUGUGACCUGA